UCUAUAACGUGAAAUUACUUUAAAUUUGAAGCCUCAGAUUGUUCACAUUUCAUCACCAAGAACCCCACUUCUUACUGGAAGCGAAGUGGAAGUCACGUGCCAGACUCAGGGGUCCCUCCCCCCGGCGGAAGUAACUUGGUGGAUGGAAGGUGAGGAGCUGAAGGAGUCCAAAAAGUUUCUGACGGAUAGCAGAAGGGUCACAACUAGUCACAUCGCUAUUAGACCGACAAAAGAAGACAACGGAAAAAAACUCGUUUGUCGCGCACAAAAUCCUCGUUUGUCAGAAAGUGCCUUAGAAGAUUCUUGGAAACUAAACGUGCAGUAUAAACCUGAGAUAUCUGUAAAGUUACGAUCUAAUGAUCAAGGUCAUGAAGUGCAAGAAGGUGCAAAUAUUUACUUAGACUGCAAUAUAAACGCCAAUCCUCAAUAUCGAGAGUUACAAUGGAUGUUUGAUGACCACAGACUAUUUCCUGGCCCUGAAAACGGUAUAGAAAUUCAUGGCUUAACACUAAUGAUAAAGAAUCUAACACGAGAACAUGAAGGUGACUACUACUGUGUUGCUGAAAACAGCGUUGGAAAAGGACAGAGUAAUAACAUUCACUUGGUUGUGUUAUUUUCACCUAUCUGUGCUUCACGUCAAAAGACAAUUUAUGGAGUAGGAAAGCAUGAGAACGUUGAAAUAUCGUGUGAGCUGACUGCUCAGCCUCCAGAAGUCGAGUUUCGUUGGAGAUUUAACACCUCAGGAAACAUUGAUUCUUUCCAAAGUAAUCGAACAACUAGUAUUGCUACUUUGUCGUUGAAAUCUAAAUAUGAUUACGGAAUCCUUUACUGCUGGGGAGAAAAUAGUAUCGGUGUUCAGAAGGAACCAUGCAUUUUCCAUAUCAUACCAGCUGCUAGGCCAGAUCCUGUCACUAACUGUAGCAUUGAAAAUCAGACGGAAAAAUCGUUUAUGGUCGUUUGUUCAUCAGGGGAUGAUGGUGGGCUUAUCCAACAGUUCCACCUCGAGGUCUUCAUCAAAAACAGCCAAGCUUUACUUGUGAAUCAUACAAGCCUUGAUCAACCAGUUUUCGAAGUGAGUGAUCUUCCCCCCGGUAGUCCCUUGAGAAUCACAGUUUAUGCUUCGAAUACUAAGGGGAAGAGCCCUGCUGUUUUGCUUGAGACAAGAACGCUACUCUCGGCCGAAAAACAUACAGGGAAUGUUCUUCCACUUUUCAUUAGCCCUCUACUGGCGAUUUUACUUGGAAUUAUUAUCGUACUGGUAACCCUAGCUGUGAUUAUCCUCAUUAUCGUAAAACGAAGAAGAACCAGAUUACAACAAGGUGUGGCUUUAGACUCGAGUAACGGACAAAAAUCCAACGAGCAGAUUAAAAGCAUUGAUGACCAACCAGAACCCGAAGAUAAAUGUCCUGAUGUGGUUCCUCCAAGAAAUCUCACACCAGGUACUGAGUUUGAUGAUAUGGUGAUGAACCCAGCAAUUAAGAUGGCUGACCUAGGAAACCAGAGGAUUUAUGAAAACCUGAGGAUUGAAAGGGAUCGAACCUAUGAAAAUGUAAUAGCUCAACAGGAAUUUCUUCCAAAUCAGGAAGAACUCAUGUAUUCCGUACUGUCUCUUCCCGAAACUAAAACACAGCUGGUGAGAAAUACAGACGUAGAGCAUACGGAAUAUGCAAAUAUUGACCACCAGAGGAGCCACAAUCUUCGAUCAUGUCCAGGGAUGGAGACAGAGGAGGAGUUGGAUGGUUACUCUGUGGAAACACCGUUAAUGAAUAGCCUGAAAAGUGAUAGAAGAGGUGGAAGAACGGAUCGGAAAAGGCCUGUUGUAUCGACGGUUGUCUAACAACGCCGUUCCCUACAUAACGAUAAUAACCUGUCGUAUGUGAAGAGAUUACUCAGAGAUACGAUUAAGAAAUACCUUAUCUAUCUCUUCUAGAUCUGAUUACGGGGUACUAAAACAGUUUCCGGUGACUGAGAGAUUGUGAUUUUUUUCAGUGAACCGAACCCGCUGUGCAUCAGUCUACUGUCUUUCGUCAGAUCACCGGCACUGAACGUGUUAUUUGCCUAAAUCUCACAAACUUGUUUCAGUUAUAUCUGUACUGAUGUAAAUUUGUCGCAGUCAGGUCCGAAAUCUUUUAUUUUUUAACUUACUCUCGAACGAUAUCGUUCGUUUACAAAGUGUUGCCUAAUGAUUCGUUUUUUUUAUCAUUUUGACUCCUGAUGACGGGAGUAGAAGAUCCUUAUUUUUUAAUAUUCUUGUGAUUUAUUCGUUUAAUUAAUGUGCUUUUGCGAUCAAAAAUUUUGGCCUCUUUGGAUAGAUGUUUUAAAUUGUUUAUUUAUAUAACGCUGGGUGUGUUCAAAAUAUUCAGUAUUGCACAGAAGAAAAGACACUUAGUAAGUGUCUCAUAAAACUCAUAAGUUUUCCGUAUUAUAAUUGCGACCCUCUAUUUUUUAAACGCGAUGAAAUGACAAUGAAAUUAAUUCACUCAUCAUGCAAUAAGCACAAGGUCUUUAUAAAUCCUUAGAAAUACGUUAAAUCUAGCACAAAAUAUUAAAAAAAAUCACUGUAUAAUAAACUCGUUGUUAAAUCCUUCAGAUAAAGUUCUCUUAGAGAAAACGAUGAGCACUGAUAUUUAAUCUGUUUUAUGAUUUAUUUAAAUUUUUCAUAGCUGAACCAACUUUUGAACAUUACACGAAUAUUUUGCUUACAUCCAAAGUAAUCUACAAAAUUCUGAUUAUAAUUGGUUAUUAAUUAUUUAAUUAUAUACUACACAAAUUAAUGAUUCCAAAGAAGAAAAUCAUAUUCUCCUAUUUAUCAGAACUUUUGCUCAAAUUAUGUUAACAAAUUUCUCACUUAUUUUUCUACUCUCUCUUUUUUACAUGUCAUUUUCUCGUAUCUUGUUAAUCCUGCAGCAAAAGUCAAACGUUUUCUGAUAAAACACUCUCCUAAUACAUUCUACAAUCUAACUUAAGAAUCUAGCUUUAUCACCUCUUUCCAAAAUUAGUGUCACUGUGUAAGUUGAAUUUGGUGUUACUUUUGGAACUAUACUUGUGAAGUAAGAAAUGUGAGUGAGAGGCUGCAGCCACGAUUGGUUGAUUGUGUUACUAAUUUAUGUACAUAUUUAUGUUGUAAACAAUAUACCGUAAAUAAGUCACAUUAGUCUGUAGUCAUGAUUCAAUACCAAUUUGUCUUAUGUGUUGUAUUAAAUAUUUUUUUUAAUAGUUCGUAUAUAACCUGAAAGUCAAACACAUUUUCUGUUCUAUGUUUGUUUCUGAAAAAAAUCUUAAAAUAGUGUUUUUAAGUAAAUGCAUUUGUAACGUUAAAUAAACUGUACAAAAUUGUCACA